AUGCGUACGACUUUCGUUAUCUCCGCCCUUGUUGCGGUUGUUGCUGCUUUGCCGGCUCCAGCACCUCAGGAGAUUGACCUUGACUUGUUUAUCAACAUCCCCACUCCGACUGUUAUCCAGGCAACUGGCACCCCAGACAAAAUCGUCACCUACGACACUAAGGCCAUUCUCGCUUCAGCUACCGCAGCUUCUUCCAUCUCCGUAGCUGUUACGGAUGCUGCUUCUUCAGUUGCCUCUGCGAGUAUAGUGAGGCGUUCAGCUUGCGGACCCGAACCUUCCGGUUAUGGACCCGUCACUACCAACCCCAAAGACAAUGCUGCUUCGUUUCUCGCCAACCCUGUUUAUGCAAAUGCUGCCAACUCUGCCGCUGUCCCUGCUGGAUAUGUUCAGACCUUCAAGAAUCUGAAUGCCAGUAGCAGUGCUUACGGGUACCUGGGUUUCAGUAACCUUCAAUCUUACAGUCCUCAGACUUGUGCCGCUAAGUGCAAUGCUAUCAAAGGCUGCAUGGGCAUCAACCUGUACUUUGAACGCGACCCCAAAUACACCCCCGACAAGACUUUGUGCCCGAACCCUGCUUCGCUAACUCAAAUCAAAACUUGGGUGCAGUUCUCUGUGGUGGUUGCCGGCUCCAACGGCUACGUGAACCAAAACAUCGCUGCUCCUCCCGGAUACUCGGAUGCCAAUUACCUUGGAAACACAGCCAUCAAUGCACCAUACGAUGUUCUGGGCUACAACACUUAUAUGGGUGCCAAAGUCUUUGCUGCUGGUCCCUUCAACGCAACUCUCUGUGCUGAGGCCUGCAACGCACAGAACGUGUACAACCUUGCCAACCCUCCCACAGAUGGCAGCCCAGUCCAAACUUGCCAAUUCUUCAACACUUACAUCUUGUCUUUGAAUGGCAAGACGGCAUUGGGACAGUACUGUGCCAUGUACAGCAGUACCUGGACCAACAAGUAUGCCACCAACAACGGUCAAUAUCAAGGCAACAACCACUACACAAUCGGAUCUUCAUACUCAUUUUCCAACCUCACAAACGCAGGCACAACUCCCAACCCAGCUGCCGCUGUUGCCCAAGCCAAAGGAGAGAUUUCCGCAUCUUCUCUGCAGAGUUAUUGUAGCACUUUGUUGGGCUACAAUGACCUUAACGCCUAUACCACUGUGACGUAUACCAAGAUCCCUGUGUCGACUGUUACUUUUACAUCUACGGUUAAGGUCAAGGCUUCGUCUUCUGCAACCUCUUCUUCUUCGUCAAAGAUGUCUGCUUUGUCUAAGCGUGCUGUGGCUUCUUCCUCUUUGGCUACUCCUACGGCUUUGACUAAGUAUCCUGGCAGUAUUAUUUCUAGCGCUUGUGCGGCUUUGGUUACUAAAGUGUCUAAGACUGCUACUGUUACUAUGUCGACUGCUACGGUUACUGGUGCUACUAGCAAGUCUACGGUUGUCAAGACUGUUACUACCACCACUCGAUGA